AUGCUUACAGACACACAACUUGCAUUUAUUGCCAAUUCACUCGGUGUGGCAACCAUGAUCCUCAUUGUCGUAUACCAUUAUGUCGCAGUCAAUGGCGAUACACAGGAUACCAGCGAAUGGGCAGCGAGCACUAUUGGAGCAAGCAUGACGUUAUGCGAAAAUGAAAGCAACAUCAGCCACGAAGAACGUGACAACGAGGAAGAAGAAGAAGAAGAAGAAACAGAGGACGAAACAAUGAUCCUGCCUCUCGAUUCGCGAUUCUCUCGGCUUUCUUUUCAAUCUGGAGACUCUAAGAAAUCGUAUCGCCGUCGAGUUUCUUUCGACAACACACUCGACAAAGCCUUCUUGUCCUAUACCCUGCGGACGGCCAAUGAAGGAUAUCAGUCGGGCACAGCGUCGCGGUUAUUUAUGGUCACGCUGGACGACUGCGACGAUGUAUCCGGAGCUGCAGCUGUGAUCGGAUAUGCCAUGAAUCUCGUGGAUACGGGUGACGAGGUGAUUGUGAUUGGCAUGCACCAUCAUGGCGAUACCCCCACACCGAAACAUAUGGCAACUCAGCUAUUGAACUGUACCUUGGAUGCUCAGCAACACGAGGAUAAGAUAAGCAUAACAGUAGAAGUCGUUUUUGGUAAACCCGAACAAAUUCUGCGGUCAAUGGUUCAGAUGUACGACCCAACCAUCUUGAUCGUCGGAUGCAGGAAAAAGACGCGCAAGUCCGUACUUUUCACACCCAACAACAACGGCAUGAUCCAUCAGAGCUUAAAGCAAGCACCAGUGCCCGUGAUAUUUGUCCAACAACACACACUACUGGAAGAGCCACACCAAGAGCAGCAGCAGCAGCAGCAUCAGCAACAACGACAACAGCGUGGACAUCGGCGGACAUUGACAGCUCUCAGCUCACCGCUUCCAGAAACGAUGUCUAACGAUGAUUUCGAUGCAUCGCCUUCACUAUCGUACCGACUCGUAUCAUCACGAAAUGACCGGCCUAGUAGCCUCAUUGCCUCCACCAAUCUUGCCUCUCAAUUACGACGAAAAUUCGCAAUGCUGAAAAAAUAG